CAGGACAACGCCGUGCGGCCGGGAGGCGGCUGGGCAGCGGGGCAGGCACUUCCGCCCGGUGCGUGUGUGGCACGGCGCCCGGCCCUCAGCAGUGGCCGCUAGAGGACGGGUGACUGGCCAGGCACGUCCCCCGCCCCAGCACCGGGCCCUCGAGCCCUCUGCCCACUUCCUGUGCCCCCACAGCGACCAUCUUCACGGUGACACAGGAGCGCCAGAAGCUUGAGGACCCGGAAGCUGGCCGCCGGCAGGACACGGCAGAGCUGCUCACAGCCCCGCCCAGGCCGUCACGUGAGGGCGUCCUGCCGGUCACGUGACCCCGCCCACCUGACCCGGAGCCGGCGGGCAAAGUGAACAUGAGCUCCGCGGCCCAGGCGGCCCCGACGUGGGCCCUGGCCCUGGUGCUGGCCCUGCAGCUGCGCAGCCUGGAGGCCGGGGCCCACAGAGCCACGGACCCUGACUUUCAGGAGGCCUACUUCGAGCAGCUCCUGGACCAUUUCAACUUCGAGAGGUUUGGGAACAAGACCUUCCGCCAGCGGUUCCUGCUGUCAGAGAAGUUCUGGAAGAGGGGCGAGGGGCCAAUAUUCUUCUACACGGGCAACGAGGGGGACGUGUGGUCCUUCGCCAACAACUCGGGGUUCAUCCUGGAGCUGGCGGCGCAGCAGGGGGCCCUGGUCGUCUUUGCCGAGCACCGGUACUACGGAAAGUCUCUCCCGUUCGGUGAGCGGUCCAGGUGCCGCGGGUACACGGAGCUGCUGACGGUGGAGCAGGCCCUGGCCGACUACGCGGGGCUGCUCCGGGCGCUUCGGCAGGAACUUGGGGCCCAGGACGCCCCCGCCAUCGCCUUUGGCGGGAGCUAUGGGGGGAUGCUCAGCGCCUACAUGAGGAUAAAGUACCCCCACCUCGUGGCGGGGGCACUGGCAGCCAGCGCACCUGUCGUCUCGGUGGCAGGCCUCGGUGACCCCUACCAGUUCUUUCGCGACGUCUCAGCAGAUUUUGAGGGCCAGAGUCCCAAGUGUGCCCAGGCCGUGCGGGACGCCUUCCGGCAGAUCAAGGACUUGUUCCUACAGGGAGCCUAUGACACGGUCAGCCAAGAGUUCGGCACCUGCUGGCCACUCUCUGGCCCAGGGGACCUGACCCAACUCUUCGGGUUUGCCCGGAAUGCCUUCACCCUGCUGGCCAUGAUGGACUACCCGUACCCUACCGACUUCGUGGGACACCUUCCUGCCAACCCCGUCAAGGUUGGCUGCGACCAGCUGCUGAGCGAGAGCCAGAGGAUCAAGGGGCUCCGAUCGUUGGCCGGCCUGGUGUACAACUCCUCGGGCACGGAGCCCUGCUAUGACAUCUACCUGCAGUACCAGGUCUGUGCCGACCCCACGGGCUGCGGCUUGGGCCCUGAUGCCAAGGCCUGGGACUACCAGGCCUGCACUGAGAUCAACCUGACGUUUUCCAGCAACAAUGUGUCGGACAUCUUCCCUGACCUGCCCUUCACUGAAGCCCUGCGCCAGCAGUACUGCCUGGACACGUGGGGCGUGUGGCCCCGGCAGGACUGGCUGCAGACCAGCUUUGGGGGAGGCGACCUCACGGCUGCCAGCAACAUCAUCUUCUCCAACGGUGACCUGGACCCCUGGGCCGGGGGAGGGAUUCAGAGCAACCUGAGCAUGUCAGUCCUCGCCGUCACCAUCCACGGGGGAGCGCAUCACCUGGACCUCAGAGCGUCCCACCCAGAAGACCCCGCAUCUGUCGUGGAGGCGCGCAGGCUAGAGGCCACCCUCAUCGGCAAGUGGGUCGAGGCAGCGAGGCAUGAGCAGCGGCUGCGGCUGGCACAGCACAGGGGCUCCGAGGCUGAGGGGUGCUCCCCCAGCAGGACCAGGGAGGACUUGCUGGGAGCCUGAGGCGAGUAAGCGGGGGAGGAGCCCUGGCCCGACAUCCUGAACCUGGAGCUUGGCCAGGGUGGGCAGGGCCUUGCCCGAGGGAGAGGCCGGACAAACACUGGUGGCCUGUCAGGCAUGUCCUGUCCCACGUCCUGUCCUGUCUUGAGGCCCUGGACACAGUGAACACACUUAUACCACCUCCUAAACUCCGCUGAUAAAUAAAGCAGAGUCCUCAGCUCCCAUCUGUGCCUUGGGUGACGGGGGAUACCGGCCUUUCCUGCGGUGGCCAAUCCACACCACCACGAGAGGCCACCCCGGUGAUCCUCCACCUCCCUUCUCAGCUGUCCUCUUCAUCCUCUUCGUCCCCAACCACUGCAGUGUCCGUCUGGGGAGCCCUGCAGCCCCCAAGUCCCCCUGCUUGGGGCCAGGCCUGGGCGGGGCCGGGGGGCAGUCUGCCUCACUCAGCGGACUCAGGCCCCACCGUGUGGGAACCCUGCUGUCCCGAGUCCCACACCCACCGCUGCCCAAGAGGCUCCCGCGCUGGGGUAUGGGGGGCGGGGGUGGCGACAGGGGGCAUCACGUGCCCCCCCAGCUGGGGAGGUCGUGCCAGGCAGGCAGCCACAGCCGUGAGAGGCAGGGCAAGAGGCCGACUGAGACACGGGCCCCGCACACCUGCCGGGCACCCGCCGGGCACGGAGCCUGCAGGGCCCGUGGGCAAGUGGAGGGCGGCAGCCCUGCCUGAGGGGGAGCGCACAAGGUGCGAGCGGAGGAGGGGCCACAGCAACAGGCCAGGCCCUGGCUGACCCUGGGUCCGGCGCCUGUGCAGAGGCUUCUAGGGGUAAGAACGAAGUCUCCUCACGUUCAACACAAAGAAGGGGCUGGCCUGUCCUGCAGGGCCACCAGGGCCUGGGAGCUAGGGCCAGCCGAGGCCCAGGAUCCUGGCUUCUCUCUGGAAAGCUACCCCGGGGUCAGUCCUAAGGCGUGGAUGCAGCCGGCUGACGAAGAGGAGUGAGGGCUUCCGUGGUGGUGCAGUGGUUAGGAAUUCGCCUGCCAAUGCAGGGGACACGGGUUCGAGCCCUGGUCCGGGAAGAUCCCACAUGCCGCAGAGCAACUACUGAGCCUGCACUCUAGAGCCCACGAGCCACAACUACUGAAGCCCGCACACCUAGAACCCGUGCUCCGCAACAAGAGAAGCCACCGCGAUGAGAAGCCUGCGCACCGCAACGAAGACCCAAUGCAGCCAAAAUUAAAUAAAAUAAA